AAAAAUAAAUAUAGAAAAAAAUAAAAUAAGAAAUAAAUAGAAAAAUAAUAAUACACAAAAAAAAAAUUAAAAUAAAAACAAAAUAUAUUUUUAAAAAUAAUAUUUUUCAUGAUAUUAUUUAUUUAUUUUUUUUUAUUUAAUUUCUUAUUUAUUUUAUAAGAAAAUAUUCUUAUAUAUUUAUAUUAUUUCAACUAAAUAUAAAAUUUUCGCUGAAUUACGAAAAUUUAAUAAAUGAAACAUUAAAUUUAAAUGCCAAUUGAAUAAUAAAAUUAAUAAUUUAAAUUUUUAUUAAAACAAAAUCAAUUUAAAAUAAAAUAUUUAUAAUCCGUGUUAAUUGAAACAAUGAACUGGUUCGUUGUGCGGGCAAAUAAUUAAUAAAAUAGAAAUAGAGAAAAAAUAUUUUUUUUUUAUUUGAAAUUUGAAAAUAAAAUUUUAUUAUUAAGAUUUUUUUAAAUACUUGGAGUUCAAGUAGUUCACAAUAUGAUAGAACAGAAAUAAAUUAAUUUUUUUGGCGGAUUUAUUUAUAUGUUAUAAAAUAUUAUCUGUAUGUUAAUUUAAAAUUUAAAAACAAAAAAUUUGAAUAUAUUUUGAAUGAAUAAUUGUGUUUUUAUACGGAAAUAAAUUUCGGAAACAGUAUUUUUUUUUCGAUUGAUUUGAGUUUUGAAUUGUGAAUGUUUAUAAAGUAUAAAAAAGUGGUAAUUGAUUUAAAAUUUUGGCAUUAAUUAUUUAAUUAAAAAAAAAUUAUGAAAGAAGAUGAAAUGCAAUUCUGAUUCUAUAAUGUUCAUGUUUAGAUAAUAAAAUUCAUGAAAAAUACAUAAAAAUUAUAUAAAAAUAAUAUUUAAGAAGGUGAUCCCAAAAUAUGAAUAGUUUACCAAAAUUUUAAAAAUUUUUAUUUUUGAGAAAUUUUUAAUGCAAAAAGGGGAAAAGUAAUAUUGAAUUAUUAUUCGAAAUAAAAAAAAAACAAAAAAGUAUAUUCUUGCCAUAAAAACUUUAAAAUUUUUUUUUAUUUUUUCCCCUGUUCGUUAGAAAACCGUCAAAAUUAUUACCCAUAAUUCAUUGAGUGUGUACGGGGGUGGCGUUAUGUGCGCCUCACCGUCCACAGCGACAGGAUUUUUUAAUCCGAGAUCGCAAACAUCUGAUUUAACUGCACUAGAAUUGGGUUUUACACGUGGUAUGCCAUUGGUUGCACCACCAUGUCCACCAAGUGCAUGGCAUGAUCCCAAUUUAAGUAGUCAUUUACCUGUAUCAUCAUCAGCAUCUAGUGUAAGUGCAACAACACCAUCAUCAUUAAUAUCAACAAAAACAGAAUUAACAAGUUUAUCAGCUGGACAUCAUACAUCUGGCGGGACAAAUGGUAGUGGAGGUGGAGGUGGUGGUGGUUCUAAUAAUAAUACAAAUGAUGGCACCAAUAGUACAGGCAAUAAUAGUGGAUUAGUACCUAUUUUAAAUAAUAAUACAGAUUGUAAACCAAUUAGCACAACACCUAGUUCACAAGCGAAUAGUUCACAAAGUAGUAAUGGUGGCUGUGGUUCACAAGCUGAUGUUAAACCAAAUAUUGAAUGUGUUGUUUGCGGUGAUAAAAGUUCCGGUAAACAUUACGGACAAUUUACUUGCGAAGGCUGUAAAUCAUUUUUUAAACGAUCUGUUAGAAGAAAUUUAACAUAUUCAUGUCGGGGCAAUAGAAGUUGUCCAAUUGAUCAGCAUCAUAGGAAUCAAUGUCAAUAUUGUCGAUUAAGAAAGUGCCUGAAAAUGGGUAUGCGACGAGAAGCUGUUCAGCGUGGACGUGUACCACCAACACAAACUGGUUUAAUGCACGGUCAAUAUCAAUUAGCAAAUGGUGAUCCAAUGAGUUUUAAUGGUCAUUCAUAUUUAAGUUCCUAUAUAUCAUUAUUAUUAAGAGCUGAACCAUAUCCAACAUCACGUUAUGGUCAAUGUAUGCAACCAAAUAAUAUAAUGGGUAUUGAUAAUAUAUGUGAAUUAGCGGCUAGGUUAUUAUUUUCGGCAGUCGAAUGGGCAAAAAAUAUACCAUUUUUUCCAGAAUUACAAGUAACCGAUCAAGUAGCGCUAUUACGUUUAGUAUGGUCAGAAUUAUUUGUAUUAAAUGCAUCACAAUGUUCAAUGCCAUUACAUGUAGCACCAUUAUUAGCUGCAGCUGGUUUACAUGCAUCACCAAUGGCUGCCGAUCGUGUUGUAGCAUUUAUGGAUCAUAUUAGAAUAUUUCAAGAACAAGUUGAAAAAUUAAAAGCAUUACAUGUUGAUUCAGCUGAAUAUUCAUGUUUAAAAGCAAUUGUUUUAUUUACAACCGAUGCUUGUGGGUUGUCAGAUGUUACGCAUAUAGAAUCAUUACAAGAAAAAUCACAAUGCGCUCUCGAAGAAUACUGCCGAACACAAUAUCCUAAUCAACCAACAAGAUUUGGAAAAUUAUUAUUGAGACUGCCAUCAUUGAGAACAGUUUCAUCACAAGUCAUAGAGCAAUUAUUUUUUGUACGUCUAGUCGGUAAAACACCAAUUGAAACAUUGAUACGUGAUAUGCUAUUAUCCGGUAACAGUUUUUCAUGGCCUUAUUUACCGUCAAUGUGACAUACAAUGUGGCGGCAAUUAACA